CUGUCCCACUUCUGAGUAGAGAGAACGAGGAAUUCAAGUGUAUAUCAGUAUCAUUGAUACUGAGACUCUCUCUACAGCGAGAGAUUCGGCUUUUGCAGGUUUUUAUUUCCGUAAACAGCCGCCACUAUGGAUGCAGUCGAGUUAAAAGCGGAAUUGGCCAUUCCAUUCGAUGCCCCCAUAAAAGCUCGCAAUCGAAAAACUUAUGCCUCUUUUGGCGACGACGGUCUCACAGCAACGGCAAAUGCUCAUGGACAUCUGAUUCAGAUUACACGAUAUUUCGGAAACGAACCAUCAGGAUUUAUCUGUGUUGACCUUCCCGGAACUCCCGAUCCCUUUCAUGUGACAAAUCGCAUGAAGGAACUUCAAAGCUCUGUUGAAGGAAUGGAGGUUCUUUUUCCAAAAGAGUUUCCGCCACUGAUAAUUAGUGCCGACUUACUUCUCCGACAUCUUGAUUUCGUGACAGAGGAGAAACCAGUGAACAUUUGGAAUAGUCAUUAUCAUGAGCAAAACAAGGCAGGGGAUGAUUACGAACAUGGUACAAGUGCCAACGCAGACACCGUUUUCAUCAAGCACAAAGGCUGCAAAACCGGCCAAGGCGAAAAAGACGCCAUUUUGUCUAUAUCACCAUAUAUAGACGACAGCCUUCAAUCAGUCGGCCGCAUUGGACAAAAUGCCAACUACGAAAUAAAAAUACCCGAGCAAGCAAAAAAAGAUCUAUUAAAGAAUUCACGAGUCAAAAUUACAUUGGCUUAUACUCUCGAGUUGGUUUCUUCAGCUGAUGCAGUCAGCAGCCCCCUCUCCAAACUUGAUCUGGAGCAACUCAGAGGCCUUGAAUACCGGCCACCGGUGUUCGCUGAUGAUAAGCAUCUCAAUUUUAUGUUGAGAAGAAAUCUGGAGCAUAUGUUAUCUGUCUGCAGCAUCCCUAUAAACAUCAACGACGAAUCCAGAGAUAAGAUCAUGCCAAUUGCUUUAACAUGUGGAGAUAUAUCCGGCCAUAGAAUUGCCAGGAAAGCAAGCUUCUAUGCAUUUCAAUUUUUACUCAAAGCUUUUGGACAUUUUGAUAACUCUGAUCUCAAAAAUCCUGGAGGACAGCGCCUGGCCGACCAUCCAUUGGGCUUAGAACAUGCAACUUGCGAAAAUUACAGUUGUCGGAUGAGGUUUCGCAUUUGGAAGACAUGCCGAGGGCAUUUAACCUGGAUAAGCAAUCACAUGAACACAGAGUAUACGAUCAGCAACGCAACUGAAGACGGAACUACCAAAGAAAUCAAGGAGCAGGGUGUCGGCCCCCACUACUGGGCCAGCGGUCAAGUAAUAGACGAAUGGAACAAAUACCCCGAUGCAUUUCCUGAUAGAGAGAUCACUGAUGCGCCCAUGCAACUUAUCAAAUUUGGAGAAUUUUAUCGGAUUACUGGAGAUGAAGAUAUAUUUCGAGAAGCUCCGGCUGGCCUUGAGAAUAUCGCCAAGCACUGGGUCAGAAGUCUUCAUGAGCGAAACAAGGGCGCCGCAUAUGCAUUCCCGCGCAUCAGAGAAGAAGAAACAGGGAAAUUCUAUCUCGCCGAUCAUGCUCUGAUUUGGUGGGCUUCAAAAUCGCUGGAAGAGCUCGGUCUUGGCUCAAAUCUUGAAUUUCAGCCCGAUAAUUCUGCGGAUGCAUCUGAACAGCGAACGAUAAGAUACUCAUCCGACGAGAUCAAAACCAACCUUAUUAAGAGAUUUACAAUGGAGAAUCCUGCCUCGAAAACGCGCAUGAUUGCAACUUCACGCAGCUCUGCAGAGACUAGAUUCUCUCUUCUUGUACCCGAAGGAAGCAUCUCCAUAAAUAAGCACAAAGAGAGCUCCAAUGGUGAUGAUAACAUCAAUAAUACAAACGAAACAUCGAAUGAGACGAACGAAACAUUAAAUGAGACGAUCGAAACAUCGAAUGAGAUAAACGAAGCAUUGGAUGACAUCUGGGGAAAUGUAAUUGACGAGUGGACAAAUACAGUGAAUUACCAAGCACAACGAGAGGACCAGCACGAUGCUCAUUGGAAUCAUCCACUUCAGUUUGGUCUUGCGACUAUCAUGUCUGCCAAGAAUAAAUGUACGAAUUCAAGACUCGCAGCCCGGAUGUUUGAUAUUUCGAGAAAGAUUCUUUUCGAAAUCUCCUCCCCUAACGGGCUUUUUCCAGGACAACUGGACGUAUACAAGAGACCCGCUAUCUUCAAUAGAAGAAUUAUGUGUGAUAGUUAUUGGCAGGCCACUUUUGAAGUGCCAUUUAUUCUUUGGAAAUAUCCCAUGCCUCCACCACCAGUCAAAGGAUCGUCUAUUAGCGUAUCUGAGUCGACCUUUUCAGAUAUCAGAGGAUUGGAGAAUAUCAUCAAACUCCUGCCUAGCAUGAAUAGUAACGGGAUACCAAACAAUGUGAUUGAUCAGGGGAAAGUCGUAACGCUUUCAGAUGAAUGGCUCUACAAUGAACUUGAAUGCUUCAAGAAUAACAUCGACUUUUCAGAAAGCAAUGUUGAGAAACUUUCAACGGACUACGCAACAAAUACCCAUAUGACCGACAUGACUGUCAUAAGAAGGGCGACUCAAAAAAUUCAAGAGACAAUCGCUCGAAACACAGCACCUCAAGAUACAACCCUUCCAGACACUCAAGAGAACAUUUUGGGGUAUAUUAUAGACAUACCGCAAAGAUCGGACAAAAAACAGGACACGCCCAAACCAGCCGAAAUCAACUCGAUCGGAUCUCUGAAUGAGAUUUUUAUUCGCAAGCGCACGAUGAAGAAUGCGAAGAAGAGACUUCUUCACUUUUGCCGCGCAACUGAUGCAACGGCUUUAAUUUGUUACAUUUCUGCGUUUGGACACCCAGACAUCUCUGCUUUCUUCUACAGGCACAAAGCAUAUACCAAAUUCUUCCAUGAAGAAACAAACGCAGUGCUUAAUCUAUGGGUUACUGAACUUCAUUUAUCAUUUUAUCGGAUUGUUUCCCAGAAGAUCUCUCCUGAUAUUACCCGCAUCCCUGGCUUUGAGUAUUAUAACUUCCCACGAAGUAAAAACGAGAAAGUUGGUAAUCGCAACCAGAUGAGCAGAGCUGUGAUGAGUUUCAGAUUUGAUGGAGACUUUUUCGAUCGUCAUUGGACAUGCCUUUUUUUCGAAUUCAACCCCCACCAGAUAGAUGAAAAAAUAUUCGACAUAAGACAGGAAAGGAUUACAGGAUCUUUGAAAGCAGACCCUUGGAAGCAGAGACGGGUUUUGGAGCUCGUCUUAUUCGGUAAAAUCUUAAAGGAAAUGGUUACAUGCUCAGAAGUUCUUCUGGAUGAGAUUAAAACACGGGUUCUCGAAAGCUUCAAGAAAGGACCAAAAGAACCUAGAUUAUCUUCAACAUUCCUGGAUUCAAUUGAUCUAUUUGACGACAUCACGAGCAACAUAUUUAUAUCAAACAACAAGUCGUGGAACAUAUUUCAAUACAUACUCCAAGUGGUAGAAGAAGAUCUUGGCGACAAUUUAACCAAAAUUGAGCUUUGGAUGAAGCGAAAAGAGCGGCCAGAUCGCAAUAAGCCCAGAUGGACACUCAACGACGAACGCAACUACUGA